AGACAUCACACUAACGGCACUUGAUGCGCAUAGAACUUAGUUUCCGCAAAAUCGCUGGGUUCGCAUGACAUCUUUGCCGUUUGUAUUUACAUUUAACAGAGGUAUUCUCUUCUACUGAUCAUUUUUGACUUGCUAUGAACUUACACUGAAGGAACUAGGUUCAAAAUUGCCCAAAUUCUGAUGCUCGUUGUACGGCCUUACAUCCAUUGUUUUCCUUUAAAAGGUUCGUUUUUAAAUCACAGGAGAUUUAACUCUAGUUCCGACACAUACCCAUGUUAAGGAAGUGUUCUGUGGCCUAUUAGUUCUUGACAUUGCAGUUAGAUUUCGGUACUGCAUGGUUGUAAGUGUUCCCUCCUAUUACAAAUGGCUUUGUGUUAAAUUCUAAUGAAGGUCAGAGGUAGUGUAAGAGUUAGGGUUAGGAUCAGGGUUGAGUUUAUGAGGGUUAGUUUUAGGGUUUGCGUCAGGGUCAAAGUGAGGGCACAGGAAUAGGUACCCUCAUGGAAGUUGGCGCAAUGGCACCUGUAGUAAAGGAGUCCUUAUUCUUGUGUCCAACGCGACAAUCAGCCAUUAUUGAAGCCUCCUGCUCUAAUUUGGCUUCGCCAAUCUUCAUUCAUUUUUGCUGUUUUUGAAUACUUCUAAAUCCUAGGAAGCCGCAAACAAGCGUUUAGAUGAAAUGAAGUCUGCCGGCUUGCUUAAAUGUGCGGCAGAUACCGAAGAGGGCUUUUUGGCCAAAAAGAAGGCCCUGCUGCAGGCUGCCAAAUUGCCGCCCCCGGAGACAGACUCAGCCCUUUUGGUGGAGCAAUUCCUCAUCGAGCGUCUCCUUCUGCGAACCCGAGCUGAACACGAGGCCGUUUGCUUGGCUAAUGAAAGGCAGACCGAACUACUUCGGGUAAAGGCAGAAGUGGCUCAGCUGUCAAAAAUGGUCAGUUAUUUGACAGUUUUUAGAAAUUUACGGUUUCUCUUUCUGAUUAUUUGUUCGGUACAUCCGCAUACGAUUUACUCGUCUAGAAGGGCAUCAGGCAUCAAAAUGAAAGUUCCCAGUCAAACGCCGAUGCGUUUGUCGUCCUGCCACUGACUGCAAGCGGCGGGGACGAAGUUGGUGUCUUUGCGACUGCUAACGAGCAUUCUCUCCAGCGGUCAUCAGUGUGCAUGGGCUCUCAGGCACCAAUCGGUUCCUUUGAAAAUGUAAGCGUUUCUUCUUACCCCAGAACUUUUACUGCAUUCGCAGUCGCCAUUUAUUUACAAGCUACUCCCUAUGCCGUCGUUUUUUGCGUUUUCAAUUGGCAUAAUACGUGGUAGCACGUACUUUUAGUGCAAAGAGAGGUCGUUACAUCGUAGAUUCAUUUGUGGUAUUGUUUAACAGAAACGCAACCUGUACGAGAUUGCGCUAAAUUCUACAUUGCACUGCGUCAUUCUAAAAGUUUAUAAUCUAGCUUAAGCAUCGAAGUCAGGCUUGAUCGACCAACUUCUACCCGCAAAAUUUAGAACAACGCUACUCACGACUGACAGAGCACUAGCCCAAGGCUUCGACUUCCAACACUGUAAUUAAACGCAACCAGUGAGUGGGGUUCAAGUCAGAAUUCGACAAGAGUAUGGUUUACGGUCGGGGUUGCUUCCUUCGAGGAGCAUUUGUGUUGAACAAAAAAUCUGAACAUCUAAGAACUUUGUGGUGUCGCAAAUUUCGAUUCUUCAUACUGUCACCAAUUCAAAGGGGACGCUAUUUUUGCCAUUUCAUGAUUAUAGUGAAUAAAUUUAAUGCCCCUUUGCAGUCAUUAUCAAAAAAAGGUAUUGCAUUGUCGUAUUUUUGUUCCGAUGACUACCUUAGAGCAUCUUAACCAACCUCAUGCAACAGCCACUGUGAGGUCUCUUUAGUUUUUUCUCUGGAACGUACAAAUAAGUAUGGCCAAUUAUUUUGUUUUGCCACUUUUUCUCCCCGGGGUAAGUAACGUCGGCCAUAAACCACACUCCCGCCCAAAAGUCAUUUUGGCCGAUGAUCUGGCUAUUGCUGGUUUGCAACACUAUUCCAGUCUGCUUAUCGUCGUAGGCAGACCUUGCCUCAUAUCAGAAAGCUCAGUGAAGGGAGUAUCGACAAGGACAAUGGAAACUGGUACUUUUCGCUCUGAAUGUGUUAUUGGUUCCUGUAUGACUGCCUAAAGGGGCUCUAGACUGAGCUUCCAGGCAUAAAGGGAUGAAAACGUACCGUAGACUAUAGUAAUGAAAAUGCGAUUCCCGGAUGGCAUAUCAAAAGAAGAGGAGGCAUUCACCGGGAAAGGUGUAUUUGAGGUCUGACGUUUCGGGUAGUCGUUUCUUCUACCCAUCUUCAGAGACUGAGCAGUCGUGCACAUAGCUUUCCUUUUAUGGCGCACUUUUUUACUGCCUGGUCCACCAAUGCCGCCUGUGUGGCUGCAUCCGACCUGCAUGUCACCGUGACCUGA